AUGUCGUUAGAAGAUGAAUAUGAUGUAAACACUACUAUAACUAAUUAUCCAACAUCAUUUAAUCUUACAAAUAAUUCAGAUGUACCAGAUUUAAGAUGUGUUAAAUAUAAAUCAACAAUUGAUCAUUUAAAUUGUCCAAUUUGCCAACAACCAUUUAUAAAUCCAUUAACUACAAUAUGUGGCCAUACUUUUUGUAAAGAAUGUAUGUUUGAAUGUUUCAAAAUGGCUAAGAAUAGUAGUACUUCAAGUAUAGAUAGUGGACAUUGUCCAUUAGAUAGAACACCUCUAGAUUCCAAAAAUAUUAACGAUUUAUUUCCAACACCAUUGAUAAUAACAAAUUUAAUAGAUGACUUAAAAGUAUAUUGCUUAAAUAAUGAGAGAGGAUGUGAUUGGAAUGGAAGUAGAUGGGAAUUAGAACAUCAUAUAUUAGAAUUAUGUCCAUAUACAGGUGUAAAAUGUAAUGGUAUAAGAAAGUAUAAAAAACUGAUUGAGGAAGAGGAAGAAGACGUGGAAGAAGACGUGGAAGAAGACGUGGAAGAAGACGUGGAAGAAGUUUGUGAUUUGAUAGUAGAGAGAAGAUUUUUUAAAGAUUGUGAGGUCAAUGAAUGUAUCCAUAAAAAAUUUGAUUGUAAAUAUUGUAAACAAAAAUUGACAAAAAUAACGUACGACAAGCAUCUAGAAGAAGAAUGUUUGUUCAAUUAUAAGACGUGUGAAUUAUGUGGAAAUGAUAUGAUACCCCAGAAAAAACUAACAAAGCAUCAAGAUAAUUGCAUAAAAUUAGGUAAAUUGAAAUGCCCGGCUCACGAAAUAGGUUGUAAAUGGGUUGGUUCAAAUGAAACAUCAUUAGAAAUUCACAUACAGAAUAAUAACUGUAAAUUAUAUGAAUUUUUACCAUUUCAUAAGAAAUUAGAUGAUAAAAUAACAAAAUUAGAACUGGAGAAUGAAUUUCUUCAAAGACAAAUACAGAAAUUAUUAGGAAGUAUUAUUCAAGGUAAAAUUACAAAUCUAGGUUAUAAUGAUUCAAUAGAGGAGAUUAGUAAGUUUCAAAAUAUCGAAGAUCAAGAUAAAUUAAUAUAUUUGAAUUUUGAAAUUGACAGAUUAAAAUACGAAAUAAAUGAGAAAUUGAUACCGUUUAUGAAAAAGAAUAGUAUUAAUGAUCAACAUAAUGUUAUAAAUGGAUUAAUGAAUGAUAAUUAUAUGAUGAAAGAAGAUAUGAAUGUUCAAAGAAUGAUGAUUAAUAGUCUAAGAAAACAAUUACAAUUUUUAUUAUUUUCAAGAAAUAGACCAAUGACGUCAGCAGCAACUACUAAUAGUGUAUUACAUUCAACUGAAGAUAUACUUAAUGAGAUUUAUGAUAUAUCAAGAAGUAGUAGCGAAGAAAGGUUGAACUUGAAGUUAUAG